AUGGCCUUAUAUGAGUUUAAGAGUUUCGAGGAUGCCUGCACGAAACUCAGGAUGACAGCUCGCAGAACCCGAGAGGUAGAAGAGAGCCGACGUCGGGAUAAUCAGGACAGAUUCUCUGGUUUUAUGAGGCCAAUGGGAGGAAUCAAUAAAAAGAAUAACUACAGUUAUGGGAGCUCAGGUAACUCAAGCAGAGGCAAGAGCCAGAAUCAGAAGAAUUCAGCCCGUGGAGGCUUUAUGCAAAGGAGACAAGCUCAGGGGAGCCGUAUAGGGGGAGAUCGGAGUGUCCCCCAUGAGCCUACCAGAUCUACACCAAGUGUUAGUGGUCCUUGCAUGAGAUGUGGGAGAAAUCACCCAGGACAGUGUUGGGAAUGCUACAGAUGCCAUAAGUUUGGGCAUAUAGCUCGCAAUUGUCCAGAGAUGCAGCAGCAAACUCCUAGUUUCAGAUCCACGGUGCCAGGGAGAGUUUUUGCAUUGACUAGAGAGGAAGCUGGUAUGUCUCCUAAUCUGAUUAGAGUGUCAACUCCAGCGGGAGCCACUGUGUUAACCACACAGGCGUGUUUAAGUCUUGUACUUAAAUUUGAGAAUCGUGAGUCUGUGAUUGAUUUGAUUUGUCUACCCUUCAAGGGUAUUGACGUGAUUAUUGGCAUGGAUUGGCUAUCAGCAAAUAAUGCCAUUCUGGAUUGCAAAAGGAAGAUAGUAACUCUUCCUUUGUGCGCUACGAUAGUUGAGGCUAUUAAUGGUCGUUUGUGGUUGUCUGGUACUCAAGCAACUAAGUGUAUUCAGAAGGGUUGUCAAGCGUAUGCUGUUUUCUUUUCUGUUAGUACAGAUAAAGAAGUUGUUAUAGACCAAAUCGAGGUAGUAAAGGAGUUUCCUGAGGUAUUUCCUGAGGAAAUAUCCGGUUUACCUCCUGAAAGGGAAGUUGAAUUCUCCAUUGAGCUAGUACCAAGGACAGCUCCAAUUUCUAAAGCACCGUACAGAAUAGAAGUGAAGUUCUUAGGCCAUAUAGUAUCCGCCGAGGGAGUAGCUGUUGAUCCUAGCAAGGUCGAUGCCGUGUUGAAAUGGGAAACACCAAAAUCUGUGACGGAGGUAAGAAGUUUUGUGGGCUUAGCUGGGUAUUAUCGAAGAUUCAUCAAGGGAUUUUCUCAGAUCGCCAUGCCUCUAACUAAGUUGACCAAGAAAGACCAACCGUUUAUCUGGAACGAAAAGUGUGAGGCGGCUUUCCAAGAACUGAAAGCUAAGUUGACCACGGCUCCAGUGUUGACUAUUCCAGAUCCUAGUAAACCGUACACCCUUUAUACUGAUGCUUCACUUAAGGGUUUAGGGUGUGUCCUGAUGCAGGAAGGAAAGGUGGUUGCCUAUGCAUCUAGGCAAUUAAGGCCACAUGAGGAAAAUUAUCCUACACAUGACUUGGAAUUAGCGGCAGUGGUUUUUGCAUUAAAGAUCUGGAGGCACUACUUAUAUGGAUCACAGUUUGAAGUCUUCAGCGAUCACAAGAGCCUAAAGUAUUUAAUAGAUCAGAAGGAACUGAAUAAUAGACAACGCCGAUGGAUGGAAUUCAUCAAGGAUUAUGACUUUGAGCUUAAGUAUCAUCCGGGUAAAGCCAAUGUGGUUGCAGACGCUUUGAGUAGGAAAACGGUGCAUGUAUUUCACAUGAGUUUGGAGGAACACUACUGCUUAGAGAGAUUGAGAGAUCUCCAAGUGGUGCAUGAGGCUCCAGCCACUCUACAAUCAAUUUUGGGUGAUUAUGAGUUCUUUCGAGACUUGAAGGUUGCACAGAUGGAGGAUGACCGGUUACUAAGCAUCCGAGAGGAAGUGGAGACCCAUGGUAUGCCUGAUUAUGAAAUUGGUGAAGAAGGAAUCCUAAGGUACAAGAAGAGGAUUUGUGUCCCUAAUAAUGAGGAAAUCAAAAGUAUUUCCAUGGAUUUCAUUACUGGUAUGCCAAGAACCCCGGCUGGCUAUGAUGCUAUAUGGGUAAUUGUAGAUAGAUUGACUAAGUCAGCGCACUUCCUGCCUAUCAAGAGUACUUACUCUUUAGAACGAUUAACAAAGUUGUAUAUAGAUGAGAUUGUUCGACUUCAUGGAGUGCCAGAGUCUAUCAUUUCAGAUAGGGACCUAAGGUUUACAUCGAACUUCUGGCAGUUAUUACAUGAAGCCAUGGGCACUAAGCUUAAGUUUAGUACUGCUUAUCAUCCUCAGACUGAUGGACAGACUGAGAGGACUAUUCAGACUCUCGAGGAUAUGUUGAGGGCUUGUGCUAUAGAGCUAAAGGGUAGUUGGGACACUCACUUGUCAUUAGCUGAGUUUGCCUAUAACAACAGCUAUCACACUAAUUUAGUGGACAUUACAACCAGAAAGAUUGAGCUGAUCAAGCAGAAGUUGUUGAUGGCCCAAAGUCGACAGAAGAGUUAUGCGGAUCGUCGAAGGAGACCUUUAGAAUUUGAAGUGGGUGAUCAUGUAUUUCUAAAGGUUUCACGUGUCACUGGUGUUGGUAGAUCCAUCAAAGCCAAGAAGCUUACACCCCGAUUUAUGGGUCCUUAUGAGAUUUUGGAGCGAAUUGGACCUGUUGCAUAUCGAAUUGCGCUGCCGCCACAUCUUUCCAGUUUACACGACGUGUUCCACGUGUCACAGUUGAAAAAGUAUCAUCCUGAUCCGUCUCAUGUUAUUGAGCCUGAAGAGGUGGAAUUGCGAGAUAAUUUGACCUAUCCAACAGAACCAGAGUGGAUUUUGGACGUUAAGGACAAACAAUUAAGGAACAAAACUAUCCGUCUUGUUAAAGUCUUUUGGAAGGGCAUGAGUCCAGGUGAUGCUACUUGGGAGACAGAGGAACGGAUGCGUUAUGAGUACCCUUACCUGUUUUCUUAG